AUCCUGCAACCCUCCAAAUAACGACAAACUGAAACGUGAAACACGAUGAAAAUGGGGAGAUUUUCGAUACAUUCUGUGGUUUAGCUAUUACCCUUCCCUGUCUCCAGAGAUGUUCGGCUGUAAGAGAAAGGAGGAGCGGGAAUGACGUUCAUGAACUGGCCAUUUUGAAAGAAGUAGUGAGACACAGAGGAGCCGCCGAUUUACAAGAACAAGAAACUGAGGUGGUAGCGAAGGAAAGAUGGAGUCCGUAUCUUGAAGUUUCGGAGAGAGGAAACCGCAGAAGUGGUCGGAGCUGGGAGAGCUAGUAACUCCCUGUUUUUGUUAGAAUGGCCAGGACCAAGCAGACCGCCCGUAAAUCCACUGGUGGCAAAGCCCCCCGUAAGCAGCUGGCCACUAAAGCUGCCCGGAAGAGCGCGCCUGCAACCGGGGGAGUGAAGAAGCCUCAUCGUUAUCGCCCCGGCACUGUGGCCCUGCGAGAGAUCCGCCGCUACCAGAAAUCCACUGAGCUGCUCAUCCGCAAGCUGCCCUUCCAGCGCCUGGUGCGUGAAAUCGCCCAGGACUUCAAGACCGAUUUGCGCUUCCAGAGCUCGGCCGUUAUGGCUCUGCAGGAGGCCAGCGAAGCCUACUUGGUGGGGCUCUUUGAGGAUACCAACCUGUGCGCUAUUCACGCCAAGAGAGUCACUAUCAUGCCCAAGGACAUCCAGUUAGCUCGGCGUAUCCGUGGCGAGAGAGCUUAAAUGUUACUCAGCCAUCUUCCAAAUGACCCAAAGGCUCUUUUAAGAGCCACUAAAUUUACACUUAAAGGAGUUGUAGCACGCCUAUAAUGUAAGUGUUCUGAGGUGGUACAGCAUUGCAGGUAAACUGAUUUAUAAUUUAGUCCG